CUAAGCAUGCAGACUGCUUCUACAAACAUUUGUGAAAGAAUGGGUUGCUCUCAGGAGCUUGGUGAAUUCAAGUUUGUUACCGUGAUAGGUUGCCGCCUGUACAAUAAAUCCAUCCGUGAAAUUUCCUUGCUACUAAAUAUUCCACGGUCAACUGUUAGUGGAAUUAUAACAAAGUGGAAGCAACUGGGAACAACAGCAAUGAACACACUGCCACUGGAUUCUAGAGCAGUGGAGACGUGUUCUCUCUGGAGUGACGAAUCAUGCUUCUGUCUGACAAUCUGAUGGAUGUGUCUUGGUUUGGCGGUUGCCAGAAUGGUAAUUGCCUGACUGCAUUGUGCCGAGUGUAA